AGAGUCUACAAGCUUGUAUUUUCUUCAUCUGUAAAGUACACUUCACUUGUCUGUCUUACCUCAAAUUUUUCUUCUUUAAAGGCACAACUUUUUUUUUAGUCUCAUUUUCACCUACUUUAAAGUUUCAAUUUUGAGGAAAUUAGUGCUUUCACUAACCAAAAUGUAUGCUCAAACACUCCCAUUUCCCAAGCACACUGUCAACAAUCCACCACUCAAGCAGCACCACAAAGUGGCGAUUUCACCAAAAUCACAACUCGGGUUCUUCAAUUCAUGUCAAAGGGCGUCUGUAUCGAGAAUCAGUUCAAGAAAAUGUCGGCAUUGGGCUGUGAUCAGGUGUGGUGGGUCAGACAUAAAGCAACAACCAAAACAAGAAGAUAAAAUUGAUGAUAGUUAUUAUAUCAGAAGGUGCGUGGAGCUUGCGAGAAAGGCUAUUGGAUACACCAGUCCGAAUCCAAUGGUUGGUUGUGUGAUUGUCAAAGAUGGGAAAAUCGUUGGAGAAGGAUUCCACCCAAAGGCUGGGCAGCCUCAUGCUGAGGUUUUUGCACUAAGAGAUGCCGGGGACUUGGCCGAGAAUGCGACGGCAUAUGUGAGUUUGGAACCAUGUAACCAUUAUGGAAGAACUCCGCCUUGCACUGAAGCGUUAAUCAAAGCCAAAGUGAGAAAUGUGGUGAUCGGUAUGGUGGAUCCUAAUCCCAUUGUGGCUUCAACAGGGGUUAAAAAACUGCAAGAUGCAGGGAUUGAAGUGACUGUUGGAGUUGAGGAAGAAGUGUGCAGAAGUCUUAAUGAAGCCUAUAUCCAUCAUAUGCUCACAGGAAAACCCUUUGUUACUUUGAGGUAUUCCAUGUCACUUGAAGGCCAUCUACUGAAUCAGCUUGGUGAAGAAGCCGUGGAAUGUGGUGGAUAUUAUUCCAAAUUGUUGCAGGAAAAUGAUGCUAUCAUACUUUCUUCUUCAGCUUUGGCUGAGAAGUCUUACUUUCCCAUUUCUAAGGAACCGGGGGCCAAUCAACCUCUUAAAAUUGUGCUGUUGAAAUCUUCAAAUUCCCUAAUUCAGAUUCCUGCUCUCAAAGACAAUGUCGCUUCUAAACUAUUGAUAAUCUCUGAGAAAGACAAGAGCUUAGAGACACAAAAUGGUUCAGAAGGAAUCCAAAGCCUAUCCUUUGAUGUAGUAAGUUUACUCGAAAUCCUGGAGCAUUGCAAGCACCAAGGAUUCUGUAGUGUCUUGCUAGAUUUGAGGGGUAAUAACAUGGAUUUCGAGGAUUUACUUAAAGAGGGUUUUGAGCAAAACUUGUUCCAGAAGGUGGUGGUGGAGGUGUUGCCGUUUCUAUGUGGUGGUGAGGAAAGCGCGUUGAAGUAUUUGGAUCUGAAAGUGAAGGCGAAAAAGUUGACAUCAUUCAUCUCUGGCAGCAGUGUGCUAUUGGAGGGAUACUUCUGAUAAAACUAUGUUGAUUAUCUGUCAUGUUUGGCAAGGGAGCAAUGACCGAAUGCAUAGGAAUUCACAUAUAGAUAGUAUGUCUGUCUCUCUUUCCGUUGUAGGCCGUGGCUAACUUGUAAUGACUGAAAAAAUGGAGUCUCUUUGUAUGUGCUUGUAUUGUAGGUAUCACACAGAAAUGCUGUAUUUGGAGGUCUUUUUCUCUUGAGUUGUCAUGCAGGCUCUUAAAGAGUCUCCUGCAGUUUGUGGGCUGUAUUUCUUUAUAUCAGAACACGUUUCUUGGA